AUGGCUUUGGUUCAGAAAUUUGGGAAGCCAGAUCUUUUUAUAACCAUGACCUGUAACCAAUCAUGGCUUGAGAUUAAAGAAAAUAUGCUACAAUCGGAUGAAACUCAGAAUAGGCCUGAUCUUAUUGCUCGUGUGUUCCAUGCAAAGUUAGAAAUUAUGAAAGAAGAGUUAUUCAAGAAACAUAUAUUUGGAGAAGUAGCGGCAUAUACUAAUGUUAUAGAAUUUCAAAAAUAUGGUUUGCCUCAUGCUCACUUUCUAAUUAUCCUCAAGUCUGCUUUCAAACUCUAUACAACGGAAGAUUAUGAUCGUAUAGUUUCUGCAGAAAUACCUGAUCAAGCACAAAAUGAGCAUCUAUUUAGAAUGGUUAAGAAGCAUAUGAUGCACGGGCCGUGUG